AAAUACAAAGAAACCUCCAUUUUUACAGCAAAGCGAAAAUGGCAGAAAUCAGAGCAGAAGAACAGACAUCAACAAUCUCGAAAACCUUCUUGAUCAAACCAAAGCUAAAAUCCAAGCCAAGAACCCUACCCCAAACUCCAGAAUCCAAAUACUGGUCUUCUUUCAAAUCCACUCAAAUCCCUAACCUCGUCUCCUCCAUCUAUUCCCUUUCAUUUUCCCCUUCGCCUCCCCAUCCUUUCGCCGCCGCCUACUCCGCCACCGUUUCCCUCUUCUCCCCGCUCUCCCUCUCUGACGGCGACGUUUCACCUUCAUCUACCAUCUCCUUCUCCGACGUCGUUUCUUCUCUUUCAUUCCGUUCCGACGGCCUCCUCUUAGCCGCUUCCGAUCUCUCCGGUCUCAUCCAAGUCUUCGAUGUCAAAACUCGGACCCCACUUCGUAGACUCCGGUCUCAUACCCGCCCGGUUCGGUUCAUUAAGUACCCGGUUGUCGAUAAGCUCCAUUUGCUGUCCGGAGGUGACGAUGCUGUCGUUAAAUUAUGGGAUGUUGCUGGAGAAAGCGUGGUUUUGGAUUUGCUGGGCCAUAAGGAUUACGUGCGGUGCGGUGAUUGUAGUCCGGUAAGUUCUGAUUUGUUCGUUACUGGUUCUUAUGAUCAUACUGUUAAGGUUUGGGAUGUUAGAGUGGACAAUUCGAAGUCGGUUUUGGAAGUUAACCAUGGGAAACCAGUGGAAGAUGUGAUUUAUUUGCCUUCGGGUGGAUUAAUUGCAACUGCUGGUGGGAAUUCAGUGAAGAUAUGGGAUUUGAUUGGGGGCGGGAGGAUGAUUCAUUCGAUGGAUAGUCACAAUAAAACUGUUACAUCGAUUUGUGUUGGAAGAACUAGGAAGGAAAAUUGUGGGGAUGAAUAUAUGGAAGAUAGGAUUUUGAGUGUUGGUUUAGAUGGUUACAUGAAGGUUUUUGAUUAUGGUAAUAUGAAGGUUACCCAUUCGAUGCGAUUUCCUGCUCCUCUAAUGUCGGUUAGUUUUUCGCCUGACUGUAGGACUAGAGUGAUCGGAACAUCGAAUGGGAUCAUAUUUGCAGGGAGAAGGAAAGGGAAGGAGAAUGUGGAGAGUGGAGGAAGAAGAAAUAUUUUGGGUUUUGAAAGUAUAUCGGAACCUGAAGUUUUGAGGCCUAGGUAUUUUAGGUAUUUUCACAGAGGACAGAGUGAGAAGCCAGCCGAAGGGGAUUAUUUAGUGAUGAGAAAUAAGAAGAUCAAACUGGCCGAGCAUGAUAAGUUAUUGAAGAAGUUUAGGCAUAAGGAUGCAUUGGUUUCGGUUUUGAAUAAGAAGAACCGGGAGAACGUGAUUGCUGUAAUGGAGGAGUUGGUGACAAGGAAGAAGUUAUUGAAAUGUGUAUCGAAUUUGGACAUUGACGAGCUCGGGUUAUUGUUGAUGUUUUUGAGUAAGAAUGCCACAAUGCCAAGGUAUUCUAGUUUGUUGAUGGGGUUGACAAAGAAGGUUAUUGAAAUGAGGGCCGAAGAUAUUCAAAAUUCAGAUGCUUUGAAGGGUCAUAUUCGAAAUCUUAAGCGGUCAAUCGAGGAAGAGCUAAGGAUACAGCAUUCCUUGCAGGAAAUACAGGGUAUAAUCUCUCCUUUAUUAAGGAUUACUGGAAGAAGAUAAACUAGUUAAGCUCGUUUCUCUAUCACUUGUUUUAGCUUUACAUGCUUUAGAAUUCUCAUCCUGAAAGAAGUUCAGUUUUGUUUUCUGGUGUUAUUUUAGGAAUUAAAGCUAUCUUGCUAAGAAAUAUCAUUAUCAUUCUC